AGGAGCCUUCAGUCACGUUGUAAAAGUGAGCGGGUGAAUUCAGAAAGCGGGGACUAGGAGAAACGAGGGGCUGCGAAAUAAACAUUUACUUGAGAGUGAAAGAAAAGGCAAUUUAAAAUUUCAACAACUUUCAGCAUUACCCCCUCUCUCGUUGUUGAGGUGCUUUUUGGAGUUUGACACUUGUCGGAGGAUGAAGGAAGAGAUUGGAGCCGGUGUGAUCUUUCUGGUCAGCUUGGUGACCCGGCGAAGUGGACUCGGCCAGGAGAAGGUCCAGGAGUUUGGUGAGAAACUCACUGCUGUUCUUCACCAAAGAUACCAGGGCCACUGGUACCCGACCAACCCCAGCAAGGGCCAAGCAUACAGAUGCAUCCGGAUUAACAGGAAACAGAAAACCGACCCGUCACUGCUGCUUGCUUGUCAAGACUGUGGCCUGGAAUAUAACCAGCUGAGGCUCCCCAAGGAGAUCACUUUGUGGAUCGACCCCAGCGAGGUGUGGUGCAGGUCUGGAGAGAGCAGCCAGCCGUUCACCGUGGCUCAGUUUAAACAGGAAUCCAGGAGAGUGUCCUCGUUAGACUCCGAACAUGAAUCCGAAAGUUCCGACAGCAGUACGUCCGACUACCAUUCGGACAUUUCAACCGAUGAUGAGGAACGCAUCGAGGAGCAACCGGCCAACGCAACACCAGCAAGAACGACAGAGGCGAGCAACAAGGUGCCUGGAGGUUUGUACCAGUCGGCUGCAGUGUGGCCCCACUAUCCUCACAAGGUGGUACAGUAUGCCACUUUCUACCAGCCUGUGCCCCUGGUCAGCUACUACCUGAUGCCAAGGUUGGACAAAAUCCUGAGACCUCCACCUGGCUUCCUCCUGUUUCAGGGACAGUCACAACGCUCCAAGAUUAGCAAACGGUACAAAUGACGAGGAUCCAGUCGGGGGAGAGAGGGAGGCGCAGAGGUCAAAUACAUCAAUUAGAUUCUACUGUGAGGCUGCUAUGCUUGACGGUAUUAUGUCAAGACAUACAGACAGAUCUGUGCGUAUGUGUCUCUGAGUGUGAGUGAGAGACACACACACACUGCCUGCAUAUGAGUAUGAGGUUUACACUACUGCUCCUGUGGGGCUGUGUAUAUUUUCGCUGUCAUGAAUCCGGAAGCUCAGGUAUCACUAAAUACGGGGUGCCUCUGUUCGUGUAUACCUGUUUAAUUUAAUGCCCCUUUGGGCUUGUGAAAUAUGUCAUUUCGGUGCUUUUCCUGACCACUGUCUGCUCACUCAUGUUGAAAUUUGAGACCCACUCGCAUAUAAAUAAAUUUAAAAUAUGAUGCCUCCCAUUGCCAAAUAGCCCAUCGGGGUCCACUGGGCACCAGGGGACACCUGUGCGUUAGAGCCAGAGUCCGUGGGGUCAGAAGCUGGCAAUGAAAGAACGGGUUGUGCAAUAUCUGUUUGGCAAUUUUAAAUUUAAAAUAUUAGAAUUGUUUUUUUAGAAUAAGUUGGAUUUGGAGAAAUAUAUUGUCAGGGCGGGGGGAGAUGGUGAGGUGUUGAGGAAUAAAGUCUGGACUCUCUCUGGGAUUUUGUUUUUAGAGCUGGUGUUCUCCCUCUGUGUAAAUAGUUAGUUGUCUCUCUCUUCCAGGGUGGGUACGGGACUCCUUCCUUUAACCCCAUCCCCAGUUUAAGAGAUUCUCCUGAUUUUUUUUUUUGUUUUGUUUACUAAUCCCCUGAAUACGUCAACUGGUGCUUCUGACCCAGGGAUACAAGCUCCCCAGGGGGUGGGGAUGUGGAAUGGACACCCCUGACAAAGACCCAUUUUCCACACCCCCAAACCCCCUCUUUGACUCUCCAAAUCUUUAUGGAAAUCAGAAUAAUGAUGUAGACUUGCAGAGUGUUAGUUUUCCCAAUUUGUAAAGGGGAGGGUUUUUAUAGUAAAAAUUGUAUUUAUUGACUGUACAUGCGU